UCCUCCAUUUCCACGUCUGUCCAGGAGGAAUCCCCAAAUGGUCCUCCAUUUUGAGCCCAACUAAGGAGCAUACUUUGGCCUGGCCCUGCCCUCCACUUAUGCUUGUAGGCCCUCCUUUGCCAGGGUGAGGAGGACCCUGCCCAAAAGCCCUCUCAGGAGAGCUACUGUCUGCCAGCUCCCCCCUCCGCUGGGCUGCCCUGAGCAGCAGGUGAAGAAGGGGCUGGCUCUCUCCCUCUCUUUUCCCCUCCCUUCCUCCCUUCUUUUCUCUUUCUCCCUCUCUCUCCCCAGCCUGGGCGCGGAAGUCCCUUCUUCUUCUCCUUCUUCUUCGCCCCAAAACCUGGGGAAGGAGAGGAGGAGGGACCCUGCAAGGAGGGAAGCCCUGGCUGGGAUGCUUCCUGGAGGGAGAGAAGGAGGCUUCCAGGCGGAGCAGCAGGAGGGAGCUUCUUCUCCACCUUGUGGCCCCAGCCGAGAGGAGAGGAAGAAGAAGCGCCAUGCAGGAUGAAAUUGCACUGAUGCCUUCGUCUCCCUUAGAAGCCCAUGAAGCUCUACUUCCAUUCCCAAACAAAUGGGAUUUUGUCCUAGUCUGUGAUGAUCACAUUCCCUACAGUGAGAAGGAUCAAAGGAAAAACAGGUUUCUGGAAGAACUGCACAGAAAAGGCUUCAUUAUCAAGACGAUUAAAGACAAAAAGCUCUUUUAUGGAGUUCAUGCCCCAAGUGCACUUUUCCGAAAAUACCAGUGGCUUUUGAGGAAUCCUGACAAUGAAUCAGAAAUUCUAUGUGCACAGCAACAUGAAGAUGAGCUGGGAGUGUCACUUUCACCAACAACAAGGAUAUGUAUUGUCAGCUAUAUCCUGCAGAACACAGAAAUUCAUAGCACUAAAGAGAAGCUCCAAGACUUGAUAAAGAAGAAAGUCUUUGAAACAGCAUUUCCUUUACAUGAGAAAGAAAAUCUGGGAAGAUUCCUGAAGAUGAAUUGGGCCCGAUGGAGAGACAUCCUAUAUCCGCAACCAAUUGAAGAAAUCAGGAAAUAUUUUGGAGAGAAAAUUGCCCUUUAUUUUGCCUGGCUGGGUUGGUAUACUCGUAUCCUGUUCAUAGCAGCUGUGCCAGGCAUUGCCCUUGUCAUUUAUGGGUUUGUCAGCUUCAAUAGUAGCCAAAUCAGCAAAGAGAUUUGCGCAGCCAACACCACAAUCAUGUGUCCACUUUGUGACCAGAAGUGCCCGUUUUGGCCACUGUCAGACACUUGUAUGUAUGCCAAGGUUACCCAUUUGCUUGACAAUGAAGGGACAGUUCUCUUUGCAAUCUUCAUGGCUGUCUGGGCCACUGUGUUCCUAGAGCUGUGGAAAAGACAGAGAGCUAAAGUAGUCAGUUGCUGGAAACUAUAUUGGUGGGAUGAAGAAGAGGAGGAGCUGGCCAUGGAACUAAUUCAUAACCCAGAGCACACGCUCCAACAGUACCAGCAUUCCUACAUCCGUAGCACCAUUGUGCUCAUCUUAGUUAUGCUAAUGAUUUUCAUAAUGAUUGGUAUUGCCCAUGCACUGGUCAUCUAUCGGGUUAUGGUAACAGUCAUCUUUACUCAGUCUGGUUCAGAAUACUUUAGAGAGAGAGCCACCACCAUAGCAGUAAUGACGGGGGCUGUGUUGCACUACUUGACCAUCAUCAUUAUGACGAAGGUGAACAGGCAUGUAGCACUGUUUCUCUGUGAGCUAGAGAAGCCAAGGACAUUCAGUGAACGUGAGAAGAGCUUCACAUUCAGAUUCUUCACCUUCCAGUUCCUUACUCACUUCUCAUCUCUGAUCUACCUUGCUUUCUUCCUAGGAAGGAUUAAUGGUCGUCCAGGAGCCUAUGUUCGUAUUGGUGGCAAGUGGAGAUUGGAAGAAUGCCACCCUAGUGGCUGCCUCUUGGAUCUUUUUUUGCAGCUGGCCAUAAUCAUGACGUUAAAGCAAACCCUGAGCAACUUUGUGGAGUACAUGCUUCCAUGGGUAAGCUAUAAAUUUCACUUGCUUUGUGGAAAGACCCAAGGCAAUAGCCGGGUACAUAUGGAGGAGAGAGCCCAGGACCCAUGCAGGGAGGAAUGGCUGUGGAAUUAUAAGCUUAAUGAAGUCAGCAUCUUCAGUUUGUUCGAUGAAUAUUUGGAGAUGAUGAUUCAAUACAGCUUUACUACUAUUUUUGUGGCUGCUUUUCCUUUUGCUCCAUUUUUGGCCUUCAUCAACAAUCUCAUUGAAAUUCGACUAGAUGCCAUCAAGAUGGUGAGAUUGCAGAGGCGGAUGGUGCCCAGGAAAGCCAACGAUAUUGGAGUUUGGUUGCAGGUCCUAGAGGCGAUUGGUAUUUUGGCCGUCAUUGGCAAUGGCCUAGUGAUUGCCAUCACUUCAGAUUUUAUCCCCAUGCAGGUGUAUAAAUACACAUACAGCCCCUGUGUACAGAAGAACCACACUGGCACAGACUGUUUGACAGGUUACAUCAACUACAGUCUUUCAGUCUUCAAUGUCCAUGACUUUGAGAACCACAAGGAUCUGGCAGAACUGAAGGACUCCAUGGGGAACAAUAUAACAUACUGCAGGUAUCGAGAUUAUAGGAACAGUGAUGACUACAGUUAUUCAAUCCAUUUUUGGCAUGUUUUUGCAGCUCGUCUUGCCUUCCUUAUCCUAUUUGAGCAUGUGGCCCUGUGUAUCAAACUGAUUGCUGCUUGGUUUGUUCCUGAUGUCCCCAGGAAGGUGAAGAAUUGGCAUCUGAAGGAAAAACGUAAAAGGUUGUUGGAAAGACUCAGGGAAAUGGAUGAUUCCACAGAAAUCUAGUGAAAUGUAAAGGAAUGUCUUGGGAUCAAGAGAAGAAAUCCUAGAACCAAGUGCCUAGCAAAAUCAUGUUUGAAGGCUCUGAAGAUGCCAGGUGAACUCUGCAGGUUUAGCUUGAUCUAUUACGUAAACUGUUCUUGGUCAUUAACUCAGCAGUGAAAUGUAACAAUGCAAAGAAAUGUAGUGUUUGUAGGAAAAGUGAGACUAAAUGACAAUGUGAGUAUGAGGUAGAAACAGAUGAGAAUGUUUAUGCUGUUGAUAAAACAAGACCUUGCAGAAAGACUAAACGGAAGAAUCUCAGAACUGACAAAACACAUACACAGCUCCCUCAGACUUACAAAAUAUAUCAUAAAUAUAGUUCAUCAGUCAAUGGGAAAUCUAUUAGCUCAAGGGGGAUACAGAUGGGCAAAAGGGGCAGUGAGAUGCCUCCCCUUUCUCCCACGGAUCAUUGCUGUGGCAACCGCAUGUUGCAGCAAUGAUGCACCAUGAAACACAGCUCCUUUCUCCACCACUGCGAAGGUACCAUUAGUGCCCUGGAGUGUUGUGGUGACGUCCCUUGUGCACUGCGCCAUUUGGAUGUGGUGCACGAGGCAUGUUAUUGGCGUGCGCAUGCCAAAAUGGUGCCUGGACAGUGUGGUAGAGCUUGGGAGCGUGUGGACGCUUCACUCUCCCGAGCCCUAAAAUCAGCCCCAGACCAGCGCUUUGCGUCAGUCUGUACCAGGCCUCACACUCAAUUCACAUGGGUAUAUCAGCACACAUUUUUGUUCCUCGAUUUAAAUAAAAAUAUAUGUUUGUAUAAUGUAUAUUCUUGCAGCAAAAUCAAAAGGCACAUGUGCUCAUUACCCCUCUUUUUUUAGUUUUUCCUUCUUGACAGUAAUCUCAACAAAGACCCCAGCCACCACAAUGUUACUAAGGUAUCAGUUCAUAAAAUUAGUUCAAUUAACUACCUACCUCACUAAGAUGAUGGAAGGCUUAGUGCAAAUCAAAAAAGCAUUUUAAAGCCUUGUUGAUAUUGUAAACGUGUCCUGAUCCUGAUUUAAGAAAAAUGCCCUUAAUCAAGUUACAGGUGGAGCACACUCAACCAUGGCAAUUUGUAUACCUGACUUUUUCACAUAUGUACCCAAACAUAAAUGUAAUUACUAUAGUAGCUUUCCUUGGAACCUUGAUUCAAAAUGCUGUUGGAACCCAGUUUCUGCAUUUCUGGCCAAUCCAGAAAUGGUGUACAGAUGUACAAGGACAAUAUAGCUUCCUUGUUAACUCAUCCAAGAGAUAUUAACUGAUCACAGAAUGCUGUAUUUACAUAACAGAAGUUGUAGCAGAGCAUAAGGGCAUUUUAGUGGCUGUGUAUAAAAGUGAGUUUUAGCAGGUGCACCACAAUGUCACACAUGUGACAGAAGUUGCACUGGCUUCAAUUCAUUUUUUUGUAUGAUGACUGUGUAUUUUACUGCAUUUGAUUACUGUGUAUAAACUCUUAUGUGUUUGAUAUCCCUUUGCGCCUCUCUUCUAAUCAAGUUACAAAGUAUAGUAAGAAAAGCAUCAAAUGUCAGGAUAUUUUCAGUGUUCCAAUUGCUUUUAUCCAUUGCCUUUGUACUAUAUACAUUACCUAGAUCAACUGAAUUAAUACUGAAAUUGUUAUUUAACAUUCUCACUCUUUCAUUGAAAUUCUCUCACUUUUUAUUGUGUGCUGAUUUUAUUACAUCCUGCAUGUAUUGUUUAAAGUUACUUAUAUUGGAGCAAAAUCAUAAGCCAGAAAAGUUCAUGUUAGGCUGAAGGACACUUCUGUAUUUUUACCUUGAGCAGAAUCUUGAUUUUAGGAAAGAGUUUUAACUGUUGAUUUCAGUGACCACAAUUACUGUAUAUUCCCUGGUCCUGAAGUCUCUCUUGCAAUUGGGACUCUAGACUCAAAAGAUCAUGCAAAGUCAAAAUUACCUCUAGGUGCCUAAUACACAUGGAUCUAAAUGAGAAGUAUCAAUGGUUCAGUUUUUUCUUCUUUAGCAAAUUCUACAUUUCACUGCAAGUUAAAUUUGGACAGCAAGAAUAUUGUUUGAAAUCCAGUGGAUUCUAGCUAUAUACAGUACAGUAUAAUAUACUGGAAGGUUUUGCUCAGGGAAUCACUUUUAAAGCUGUGUCUGAUAGUAACAUCAAGAUUAGAAUUUUUUUGCACUGUGGAUUAUUUGAAUAGGAAUCCUUGCCUGUUGAACUGGGAGCCUUAAUUUAAUUUGAAGUUCCUCUGUCUUUUUGAUUUUAUGUUUCUCAUCCUGUUUAAAGCUGUACUUUUGAAAGAAAACACACUCCAAUUUUAUACAAUGUGUUAAUUUUUAUUACAUGGAAUUUUAUACAAUAAACUUUAAAAAAAGAAGUGACAAGUUUGAAACAGAAAGAGUGGACUGACUUUAUUUUAGCAUGGUCAUAGCUGGCAGGACUCUUGUGUUUUCUUCAGAGUGCAGCAAUUUGGCAGUGAUCAUAGGCCAGAAGAAGAAGGGAAACCUAUGGUUCGCCAUCAUCCCUGAACAUGUAGGGCUGCCAUAUUCCAGGCCUCAUAACUGGGAAACUAAUUUGCAU